GUUACAAGAAUUCGCUUUCUCUAUCCAUCUACAUUCUAAGUUCACAUACACGCCUCUCAGUUCAGGAACUCCACAUUCCGCCUCCAUGGAUGACACAGUAGACAAGCUGGUCGUCUUCUUGGCGAAGCGAGAUGGCAUAGACAAGCUGGUCAAGACCUUCCAGUAUGUCUCCAAGCUUGUCCACUGGCACGCAGAAGCCGUCCACCCAAACAUAGCCCAGAGAGCCAAGCAAUGGGAGCUUGCCUCCGGGCUCAGCCGCAAGGCAUUCCGAACUGGCCGCUUCCUCACCGGCUUCAAUGCUCUCCGACGAAAUCCCGGCGCUACCCACAGUUUCCGGUUGCUUGCUGUCUUCGCCAACGCCGGUGAGAUGGUCUACUUCUUCUUUGAUCAUCUGCUAUGGCUGGCCAGAGUAGGCGUUCUGGACCCUGGUAUUGCCAGGAGGAUGAGCUUCAUAUCGGCAUUUGGGGAGUCAGUAGGAUACGUCUUCUUCAUCAUCUCGGACUUCAUCAUGAUCAGAAAUGGCCUAAUUGCGCAAAAGAAGCUCCUCCAGGCACACACGUCCGGCGCCGAUCCGGCACCGGCGGACAAGGAGGUGAAGGAGAAACUGAGGAAGAUAUGGGGUGAUAGGAUAAUGAGGUUGAUGGCUGUGGCAGCCAAUCUUGCUGAUUUAGUCAUAGCGUUGGCUGAUAUAGAGCCCAAUCCUUUAUGUAACCAUGCAGUGACGUUGGGCAUAAGUGGGCUGGUUUCUGCUUGGGCUGGAUGGUACAGAAACUGGCCAUCUUGAGGCUUCCUCUCAUAAUCCUAUUAUUACAAAGUUAUGAUAGCCUAAACAAAUCAUUUUGGUCUCA